AGAAAUGCUGUCUCUUUAAUUGCAGAUGUGAGCACGACAAUGGAGACUCUGCAAAACAUUCCUCCUUAGUUGCUUUAAAUAUUCUAUUUAAAAGUAGAUUCAAUGCAAAUCAAUUUACAUUGAUUCUAUCGGUCAGACAGAGACUGAAUCCAUCAUGCACCUGCCGGAGGAUGCUGAGCUGUGAGGAGGAGGAGGAGGAGGAAGAGGAGGAGGAGGAGGAGGCUCUGGGCCUGUCGUAGCUGCAACAACGCGGAAGAGGAGACGCAGGAGGAAGAGGAGGCUCCACGUCACGGAGGUGUGUGAUAUUGUCGUCAGCGCCUCCACAAGGUGCUUCCUCUGCGCGGCUCCGGGACUUUAGCACCGGGACAGGAACCCUCGUGUCGCCGCUGACAGCUCGGACGUGUCCGCGGAGAGGAGCUACACAUUCCUCCGCCUCUCGCACCGAGCGGCCUCGGCAGACUCUCUGGGAAUCCGCGGAAGCGUACUCCACUGCCUCAGCUUCUAAAUGGGUGAAUCUGGCUCUCGUCGCUCCACACUUGUUUCCCGCCUGCCAAUCUUCCGCCGCAGCAACAGUAAGAGGCAGGAUUCUCUCCCCUCCUCUCCCUCUUCAGGUGGAGUGGGAAAUGGUGUCCACACUUCCUCGCCCUCCAGCACUAACUCCAGCUCUGGCAGCACAGGGAAACGCCGGAGUCUCUUCCGCGCUCCAUCUCUUAGUUUUACGAGUAAGCGGAACAGUGAACCCCGUGUGCAGCCAAUCAACCUUAACCUCACUCCUCCACUGACACAGAGCACUGACGCAAAUGGAAAUAACCAGCAGUCGAUAACGUCGUCAGUGUCGACAGGGUUCAGUGAUGGCGGCGGCCGACCCAAGUCGCGCCACUCGUUUGGGUUCGGCAGCCACAAGCAGAAGAAAAUCACACGUUCUCAGACCGAGGAUUUUGAGAAAGGAUCCUCGUCCUCCUCCACAGCCAACCGAAAUGUGUUCAUAAACUGCAUCAGCGGCUCGGGGGUGAAUGAGGGGGAUGACUCCGGGUUCCUCGAUGACUACAGCGGUGGCAGUAAUAACAAACGCUCGUCACGCCAGAAGAAGCAGCUGCUGCCCAAGUCUUUCUCGGCUCACCACCGCUUCUCGAGCAAAUCUGAUCACCACAGACCUCCAGAGGUGAAACUGGAACCUCCCAGCUCCACCGCCACCACCACUCCCACCAUCACUCCGGGGGCAGGGGGACUCACACCAGGGUCAUGGCCAGGCGAACUGCUCGGAGCCAGUGGCGAGAGCUCACUCCAGUCCCCUAUGAUAUCAGAAGAUCGAACUACAGCCAUCACCCCUUCAGAGUUCGUCCCCAUCACGGAGGAUUCUGUAUCGGAGGUGGAUGCUCUGCCAGCUCCCAGCCCCGGGUCUGCUUUAGCUCCUGGACCUGUGUCUGUUCCUGAGCCGGCUACUGACCCAGCUCCACCUGACCUGCCAUCUGUUCCAGAGAGCUUCAGCGUGGCGGUCUCCACCUCCCAGGUUUUUUUCACUCCGGCUCAGUCCAGCACUGAAAAGCCAUUACUCCCCGACACCAGCACAGCCAACAACACGGACUAUGAGACUGCCAUUUCCCUUUCUGAGCCCGAGACAGCUGUACUCUGCCUUCCUCUGCCCGAACAAUCACUGGAAGAGAGGAAGGAGAGGGAGGAGGAGCGAAAGGAAGCGAAGAAAGAGGUGUCAGCAGAGGAGAGGAAGAAGAAGAAGAGAGAGGUGGUGGAGGUGAGGAAGGCGGGGUACCUCACAGAGACCACGAGCGAGAGCGAGGCAGGCGGGGUGCGCAGCGAGGGUGGUCAAUCCAACCCCGAUCGCCCGGACAGGCGGGUGAGACACACGCUGUCGGUGCAAGAAAGAGGAAAGUUCUGCGGCUGCCACGAACCCAGGCCGUCUCACUUGAGGAAACCACACACAGCCUCUAUGUGCAGCAGCGUCAGCCCCUAUCAUGAGGUGAUGCGGAUGGAGCGGCGUCUGCGCUCCUCGUCUGAGGGGGCGGGUGGGCCUCGUAUCCCAGGCAACCACAGGGAUGCCCCGGGCAUGGAGGGAUGUGGUCUGCUCAAACACCGAAACAACUCUUCCUCAUCAAAGCUGGGAAGUCUGGACUUUUUAAACAACCUGGGCUCCUCAGAGCUGGAUGAAGAUGACCUGAUGUUAGAUCUGGACCUCUCUGACGAUCAGCGGCAUCGACACGUGUCCAGAGAAGACUCCAGCCAGUCCCUGGCCUCUUGUCUCAACCUGCUGCCCUCUCCCAUGGACCCAUCAGCAGACCGCAUCCCUGGGAAAGAAAACAAUCAGAGGGAGCCCAGCCGUCCAACUACCCUGCUGCCUGCCGACUGGAGCUCGGGGCUGGGUUUUGGGAGGGAAGACGAGUCCUUACCCCCAGGGCUGGAAGCGCUUCCACUGCGACUGAUGCAGCAGGACUGCACGGCUGUCAAAACCCUGCUUUUAAGACUUAGACGCACACUGCAGGAGAGCGCAGAGACGAGUCCUGCCAGCAGCCUCCAGUCUUUACCCAUCAGCCCUUGCAGUGAAAAGUCCCUUCCGUUCAAGGAUCCCGGCAGAGAGGAGGCCUUGUUGCAACAACUGAGGGAGAAAGACGAGCUGAUUCUCCGACUCCAGAGUGAACUGGAGAAUGCCAAAGCUGCCCUGAAGAUGAAAGACCGCCAAAUGACUGACCGUGUAACACAGACCGAGCACAUGGGGCCAGAGACCAAUCAUCCAGGCCGGUGGUCAGGACUAGGCAGCAGCAGCAGUCUGGCCCCAAGGGACCGAAGGGUAGUGCGGGUUGUGGGGGCAGCACUCGCAGGGGACCUGUGUAACCAGCACGUCCUCCAUCACCAUCCACCUCUGCACGGCCACCCUCCUGCCUCAGAGCGACACACUGCCAGGGAAGAGCGCCACUGCCAUGGGGCACUGGCACAGUCUUCAGCCCGUCACCCAGCAUCAAAUCUGGCUACAGGCUCCUCCAGCCUGUCCCUCGCCACCACCGCUGUGUCAGCCCUAGCCUCACCUUGUACUCCAGCUCAGCUCCUAGUGUCACACCCGGGGCCCAAUCCAAAUCAAUGCCCGGGCUCCGGACCGGCGGCCGCUAAUCUCACAGUGAUUCCAUGUCUAUCCUCCAGGAUGCCAGAGGGGGUGUCCUCCUCUUCUGAGUCCCUAACUGUAGGAGGAGGAGGAGGAGGAGGAGGAGUGAGUCUGUCAGGUGGAGUGAGGAGAGCAGGAGGAGAGCACUACCCCCCCAGCCAUAUUCCCCGCGCAGUCAUGGCCAGCGCCUCCUCGAGCCUCCACAGCCUCGCGGGCAGGGGAAGCCCCUCGCCGAGCAUCUCGUCGUCCGACCAGGCCUCCCCUCCCCCUCCCACACCUUCCUCCGCCUCCUCUUCGUCCUCCUUGUCCACCGCAUUUACGGGUCGUUUAGGACAGCCACCUCGAGGCCCUCUGUCCCUGCAUAGCUACAGUCGUAAAAAUGUCUUCCUUCAGCAUUCCCUACACACUGCCGAGCUGCAAGCUCUGACACAGCGAGACAGUUGAGAGGACUCAAACCUUUACGCUCUCCCCCCUCAACCAUAAGCAGCCAUAUUAUUGACUCAAGUGACAAAAUGUGUGACUUUAGAGAAACACCGCUGCUCCUUCGGAACAAGUCUCUUGAAUUUCACUGUCACCGUUUCUGCGACACAUGAACACCACAUAGUUAUAGUCCCAAAUGUUUCUCUUCACUUUGCUCAUAAAACCCUUCGCUGACAUUUUGUUCGUAGGCCUGCUCGCUUAAACACACGAUCAUUCGCAGGUGCGAGUGUGAAAAAGGCACUCACCCGUCUAUCAGAACUCCCACGUAGUGUCAUGCUGACAAUUUAGAUGUGCUUACGCCCACAGACACACAAAGUGCAGCCCAGAGACUCACAACCCUUCCACAGAGACACACACUUACACUCUCAGGCAGAUAUCUCCACUGAUAUCUCUGCUUCACAAUCUGUACAAACAGGGUUUUCAAACCAGGACAGACACGUGAGGUUUCUUUUUGUUUGUGCUUUUGUUGAUGAGAUUUAUUUUUUAAUUGAUGUUAAUCAUUUUUAACAGUUUAAACCAUGAGCUGCUUAAGGAACUAUGGGAAAUGACCGUAGCGUGUGCUUGUAAGGAUUUAUUCUCACCUGGCCAAAACCCCACGUCAGAUCCACUCCACAUUCCUUAAUGUCCACUACGAAGUCAUCUGCAUCCACUACCGUCUUACUGCAUGCUUUUAUAAAUGUAAGGGAAAUACAGGAGGGCCUUUUCUACUGCAACAACACCGGGGGCUGGGGUAUUUUGAUAAUGUUUCAGUAUCAACUCUCACCUCAGUGUUUCAAGAAGGGAAUCGAACAUGCUACGACCUCGAAGAAAUGUGCUUUGAGAAUUUGUCGAUCCCACAUAACUAAGAGAUCACAUGCUCUCUCAGAGGAACUGGACCACUGUUUUUAAAGAAAGCAAUGUUGCCCCCAUUAUAUACAAUAAUUAUUAUGUGUUUGCAAUGUUAGAAUAGUACGGUACAAAAUUAUCAAUUCACUCCUAUGAUUACAACAUUAUUCUGAAUUAUUAUCCCUGCAGACUUGGCGAACAAGAUCAAAACACAAUUGUGUGAAGGAAAAAAGGAUUUGAAACAACCAGCAUUGUGUAUGUUUUCCAAAAUGUACAUGUGUGUGUGUGUGUGUGCCGGGUUUGGAAGGAAGCUCUUCUAACUUUUCUUUUAGGGCUGGGUAUCGAACAGAGAUACACACCUGUGCUUUGUUAAAUGUCAAUACCAAUUUUUAGGAAUACAGAGGGAACAAAUGUGUCUCAAAUCAUGGAGUUAUAUUUCCUUCACAGAUUUGACAUCAUCAAGUUAUAAUUGCGAGGAAUCUGAUUCUGUUUGGUGAAGAAAGACGACAGAAAACUGAUCUCGAUCGAAUGAUCGGAAGAAAAUAAAUCUGAAGCCGCGAUUUUAUAAUAUAUCCCAUAUAUUUUCACUGAUACCCAGUCCCUAUAGGAUCUUCUUUUGUCCUCCUGAUCUCAGAUGUGUUGGUUUGUCUUUUUGAAAACUGACCUAACGAGAUGGUGUUUGGUCAAGUAAGGCGGAAAUGUUGUUCUGGACAGUGGGACCCAUAUCUUUCGAGUAAGAUUUACAUAGACUGUAACUGCCAUGACCUGCUGAGUCGUACAACUUCAUUCACGUUAGAUGUUUCACAAUUUAACAAGUGAGCAAAAUCCACCAGGACCUUCUCAGUCUGAGCAAUGAAUAUACACUCACCAAUCACUUCAUAAGCCGCACCAUGCUAAUGUCGGAUAUUGCCGUCUUUUGCCACAAGAUGUUGGAAACACUCCUUUGAGAUUCUGGCUCAUGUUGCAUCACGUCAUUCCUGCGGAUUUGCCAUUCUCCUGCUCAACCGCAUGCCAAAGGUGUUCUGUCUAAUCCAGACAUAUUGAUCCUGGAGGUGAUUAAAUUACCUGAUUGUCUGCAUUUUGAAAAGAGUGUGAGACAACCUGCUCUGUGAAGUUGUGCAUCAUCAAGCUAGAAGUAGCCAUUAGAAGCGGCUAAAUUGUGGUCAUAAAUGAAUGCUUGUGGUCAGCACCAACACCCAGUUGCCAGGCUGGGGCUUUCAAACUAGGAUUGAUUGGUAUGAAGAGGGUGCCAAGAAAAUAUUCCCCCCCCUCAGUAUUUCAGCACUGCCACCACCAGCACCACCAGCCUGACGGUUGAAAAGAGGCAGGCUGGGUCCUCGGAUCCUUGCUUCACGCCAAAUUCUGCAGAAAUUGAGAUUUAUCAGUAAAGGGGACAUGUUCUGCUCUUCAGCUCAACUGUGUUGGCGAGACUGUGCCUAGUGCCGAUUUCUUGGCUGAGGGCAGAUGGACCCAACAGAGCGUUGUAGCCCGUCCCCCUUGAGGUUUCACUUGUUCAUUCUGAGAUGAUUCUCUGAGUAACUCCAGCUCUGUCAGCUCCAACCAGACUGGCCUUUCUCCUCUGAACUCUCAUUAACAAGGCUGUUUCUGAAGACAGGACUGUUUCUGUUUCCUGCAAAAUUCCAAGUAAACUCGAUCAACAGUUUUAGAAAUACUCAAACGAUCAUCCCAUUUCCCUCUGACCUGAUCGAUCUAAAGCUCCUGACCUGUACCUGCAUGAUUGCAUACAUUGUACUUCAUGGUGCCACACGAUUGGCCAAUUGCAUUAUCGCAUAAGGUGUAUAGGUGUUCCCUAUACAGUGAUUGGUGAGUGUACACACGCUGCUGAACUGUGUAAACCGUCAAACUCUCCUUUCUUUCACCCACUGGCUUUUGGUCAAACCUGAUAAUGCUCAGCGGGAGGUGGGGUCCUGCCCUGCUGCCGGAGGCAGGCCAGACGUUCACUGCUUCCGGCAUCCACACAGAAUGUUAGGUUUGGAAGAAGCUGUUGACCUUGUCUGGCUGUGGGGGAGUUGAAUAAACUGUGAGUGGUGGGGGGGCGAGUGUGUGUUGUAAAGCACACCUCAUGAGGUGAGGAGCUGGUAGAGGUGAAGAAAAGCCCUGAGGAAGCCGGCCCUGAUCCCACUGGUGAAAGCUACUCAGUCUCCAUCUUGUCUUUUUCUUCACCCUUUCUCUUUUUGUCCUUAUUUUUUCUCCACCUCAAUUUGAUUCCACCUCUAUCCUCCUUUCAUCUCUACCUGUUCAUUUCCCUCCUGUCUCCCCAGCAUCUUUCUUUGCUGCAUUCAAACUCACUUUUGUUCUUUUGCUUAUUUUCAGCCUGUCAUCCUGCUUCCCCCCUGCAUCGUGUCCCAGGUCUCUCCUUCCCUCCGUCUCUCUCCCCUGCUUAGCCUACUUACACCCAGAGCCAGUAUUCUCAUAUAGUCGGUGUCCGUCACAGACUCUGCUGGAGCAGCUCUCGGUCCCGGGCGCUGGGACCAGCAGCGCCGCCGAUUCCCACUCCAGUUUUCUAAUUAGAGAGUAAUUUUACACCUGCUGAAUGAAAUGAGCUCCCUGGUCGAGUAGAGGGCCGGCAGCGAUGUGGCUCCCGAGGACCUGGCCUCAGAGCAGCCGCUGUAAUGUGAACUAAAUACCCCCUGUUAAGCCUGAAACAUGCUUCUGAGACUGCGACUGCGUCUUUUCACGCCGCUGUGGUGCAAGACUCGUUUUCAUUCAUGCUUCCCCAACCGUUGCGCGUCUUACAAAGCAAUUUCGCGCCAGAACACUAGGCGGAGUAAUGCUUUUUGUCGAGACGACCUUAGAGACGCCUUCUUUCUUCUUCGUCGAUUGUUUAUUUACAUAGCCACUGCGGCUUCUCGUAGCCUUUUUCUGGCGGACAAAUCCGCCAGUCAGUGACAGGUUAUACAAGUGAUCAUACUAUCGGAUAUCUUCUGCCAAGUGCUCUUCUAUUUGGUCCAUAUUCGUUCUUCUAAAUCUUCCGUGAUUUCUGACGGUAUUAUGGGGCAUGAAACCGGAAAUGCAGCUCCAGAAGGGAUGUAGAGCAGACCAAUCACAGCCUUGCGGGCUGAGUGAGCUUGCGGAGCUUUGCCGUAAAUUUUAGAAAAGGGGGUCGACACCCGUCAGCACGUAAGGAGGGAUACAUAAGCACGUAAGGGACCCGGAAGGGCUCUUGCGCUUACGGGCCCGUGAAAACGCAGAAGCAUGUUUCAGGUUUUAGCUUUGUUUACAGGUGGAGGGAACAGUUCGUGUUCCACUGGCCGACCUCUAAAGAUAAUCUAUUUCUAUCCUUCAUCAAUGCCUGUGUCGCAGGUGAAAUGUCUUAAGGGAGCGCUCGGCUCUGUUUGCACUGCUCGCGCACAUUUUAUUUCUCUGCCGUGUUUGCUUCGGCUACUGUCAGAUAUCAUGAGAGGAAAAGGCCUCUUCUGAAAAGGCAGAUCCGAUGUGGGAGCUGUCGUCUUUCUGAGACGUGUUUCCCUUUGUAACCGUUGCAGUGGAACGAUAUUGAAUUUCACUGCUGGGAAAACAGGGGUCAACAAACCUCAGCUCUUGUGUUUACUGAGCCACGUGUUGUACAUUCACUGUUAUUUAUUGUUUCUGCCUUAUUUAUAUUUUGGACAUAGACAAGUUUCCUAAAAGCAUCUUGGCACUAACUAAUGAAGCUAGUUGUCAGGAUAAUAAUCAUGGUGGAAAUUAUAUAACAAAUUCUGAUGAUAUUACUAUAAUUUUAAUGAAUCACCAAUACUCUACUGUUUUUUAUGUGCUUACUGUAACUAAGAUUUUUUUUUUCUGUAAUAAGAAAUGAAUUGUAUAACUGUACAUAACUAAUUGAUAAUGUUGAUGUUGACACUGAGUAAUUAGGGUUGACAUACAUUGUUCGUUUGGCACUUAAGAGAUUAAAACUUGCAAAGAAAGGUUUAGGAUAUGUUUUUCAUUGAUUAAUGUUAAAUGCAGUCGGAGGUCUGGGCUAUUACCAAAGCGUCUCAGGCUGUAGUUACACAUCACAAACAAAUGUGUUAAACUGAAAGACACUAAUGUUGAACUCAGUUCCCAUGCUAAAUUUACAUGUAAAGGCCAGUUGACUCCGAGUCCCCUUGAUUUUAUCCCGCUGUGCCCGUCCCCCUUAAAAUCCAGCCUUUGCACUAUGACUUUGAAAGACUUGACUUUCCCAACUUUUGCCGAACUGUGCCAGAAUUAUGAUGAUUGAUAAUCUAUUAAAGAUGUUCUUUUUCUUCUGCGUCUAAGUAUAUGAAACUGUUGGGUAUAGAUUCAUACUGUGAGCCCCUGACCAGCGAUAAGCUCAUAACCAGCUCACAUAUUCAUUAGGGAUAAUCCAUCCCGAACAAAAAAAUGUCUGAUGGGUUUAUUUAUGGUCCAAAAAAAAAUUGUGUGUUCACCCAAAGUAUUUCUCCUCAGUUUCUGUCUGAGAUUGUUUUUGUCACUCUCACAGUUGUUUGUUCACAUGAGAAAUGUCCUAUCAAAAGAUUCCUGUCCACUGUCUGCUCAUUGUUAAUAUUUAAUACAAAUAAAAUAGAUGA